AUGAUCACUUCCUCCUUUCUGACAUGUGUGGCCAUUUUUGCCCUCAUCACUCUGCAUGUUGGUGCUCUGGAUACUUUUACAGCUGCAGUGUAUGAACAUGCCGUCAUUUUACCCAAGGAAACAGAAACCCCUAUUUCUCAGGAUGAUGCCUUGCUUCUCAUGAACAAGAAUAUGAAUGUUCUAGAGAGCGCGGUUAAGGAGGCGGCAAAGAUGAAUGCUCAAAUCAUUGUGACUCCAGAAGAUGCACUUUAUGGAUGGAGAUUUACUAGAGAAAUAAUUUUCCCUUAUCUGGAAGAGAUCCCAGAUCCCCAGGUGAACUGGAUUCCAUGUCAAGACCCUCACAGAUUCGGUCACACACCAGUACAAACAAGACUCAGCUGCCUGGCCAAGAACAACUCCAUCUAUGUAUUGGCAAAUAUCGGGGAUAAGAAACCAUGUAAUUCUCAAAGCUCCACAUGUCCUCGUAAUGGCUAUUAUCAAUACAACACCAAUGUGGUGUAUGAUUCAGAAGGAAAACUGGUGGCUCGUUAUCACAAGUACCACCUCUACUCUGAGCCUCAAUUUGAUGUCCUUGAGAAGCCGGAGUUGAUAACUUUCAACACCACAUUUGGAAGGUUCAGCAUUUUCACAUGCUUUGAUAUACUUUCCCAUGAUCCUGCUGUUACCUUGGUGAAAGAGUUCCAUGUGGACACCGUACUGUUCCCAUCAGCUUGGAUGAAUGUUCUGCCCCCCUUGACAGCAGUUGGAUUCCAUUCAGCUUGGGCAAUGGGAAUGAGAGUUAAUCUUCUUGUGGCCAACAUACACCAUGUCAGCCAAAAUAUGACAGGAAGUGGCAUCUAUACACCAGACUCUCCCAAAGCGUACUAUUAUGACACAAAAAGAGAGUCGGGACAUCUCCUUGUUUCUGAGUUGGAUUCACAUCCCCGAAACUCUCCUUCCUACCCAACAGCUGUGAAUUGGAGUGCCUAUGCUGUGACCAUUGCACCAUUCCCAGUACAGAAAAAUACUUUCAUAGGGUUUAUUUCUCAAGAUGGGUUCAAUUUCACAGAACUUUUGGAAAAUGAUGGAAAUAUUACAGUUUGUCACAAAGAGCUUUGCUGUCAUUUAAGCUACAGAAUGCUAGAAAAAGAAAAGGAUGUUUAUGUCCUAGGAGCCUUUACAGGACUUCACGGCCGAAGGAGGCGAGAAUACUGCCAGGUAUGCACAAUGCUGAAGUGCCAAACUACUAAUCUGACUACAUGUGGCAAGCCAGUAGAAACUGCCUCUACACGGUUUGAGAUGUUCUCCCUCAGUGGCACCUUUGCAGCAGAGUAUGUUUUCCCUGAAGUGCUAUAUUCUGAAAUUCGUCUAUCACCUGGAAAAUUUGAAGUUCUAAAAGAUGGUCGUUUGGUAAAUAAGAAUGGAGUAUCAGAGCCUAUUCUAACAGGAUCAUUGUUUGGGAGGUGGUACGCAAAGGAUUUACCUCACAAAUCGUGUGGGAACAACAAUUCAACAAUAUUUUACAUGCCAGUCUUCACAAUAUUAAUGAUUGCAUAUUUACAAAAUAUUGUAAUGGUGUAA